AUGGAUGACGAUCUCUAUGAUGAAUUCGGCAACUUCAUGUACGAGGCUGAGACGUCCGAGCUAGAAUCCGAGCAUGGCAUCGACGCCGGCAACUACGCCUACGAUGAAUACCCAGAGGAAGCCCCAGAAGUUCCUGGUCAGGACCUGAUGGAAGUUGACGAUGAAGGGCCAUCGAACGCAGUUGUGCUGCACGAGGACAAGCAAUACUAUCCGACCGCCGCUCAGGUGUACGGGGAGGGUGUCGAGACUAUGGUCCAAGAGGAGGAUGCACAGCCUUUAACACAGCCCAUCAUUGCCCCCCUGGAGCAGAAAAAGUUCAGCAUCGAGGAGGCCGAUCUUCCGCCCGUCUUUUUCGACCGAAGCUUCAUGACGGAUUUGAUGAACUUUCCCGAGCAGAUCCGAAAUAUCGCUCUAGCAGGGCAGCUACACCAUGGCAAGACCGCGUUUAUGGACAUGCUCGUUCUGGAGACCCACGAUAUCGCAGACAGGCUGGAGAACCGCACGGGCAAGAAACGUGAUGAGCAGCUGCGAUAUACCGAUGUCCAUGUGCUCGAGCGAGACCGGGGCCUGUCCAUCAAGGCUUCGCCCAUGAGCUUGGCCCUUCCCAGUACCAAAGGAAAGUCGCACCUCUUCCAUAUCAUCGACACUCCGGGCCAUGUGGAUUUUGUCGACGAAGUUGCCGCGUCCAUCAGGUUGGUAGACGGUAUCUGUCUUGUGGUCGACGUUGUGGAGGGCGUCCAGGUCAACACAGAGCAGAUCAUCAAGCAUGCUGUUCUUGAAGACAUCCCCAUAACCUUGAUUGUCAACAAGAUGGACCGCUUAAUCCUGGAGCUCAAGCUCCCGCCCAACGAUGCGUACUACAAGCUCAAACAUGUUAUCGAAGAAGUCAACACGGUGAUCGAAAAUACGAUUCCCGGCCGCGGCGAGCUAAAGAGACUGAGCCCCGAGAAGGGAAAUGUGCUCUUCGCCUCUACUGACAUGGGUUGGUGCUUUACUCUGCAGUCGUUUGCCAAAAUGUACUCGGACGGGUGUGGUGGUGUAAACACGGAAGAAUUCGCCCGGAGACUCUGGGGUGACGUCUACUUCAACCCGCGCAAGCGAACCUUCACAAGGAAACCACUCGAAGAAGGUGCAAAGAGAUCAUUUGUCAACUUCAUAUUGGAGCCGAUAUAUAAACUCUACUCGCACACCAUCAGCGAAAGCCCCGGGGAUUUGAAGAGAACAUUAGAGAAACUUGGCAUCUGCCUCAAGCCGUCACAGUUCAAGACCGACCCCAGGGUUCUCUUGAAGUUGGUUUGCGAGCAGUUCUUUGGUCCUGCUACUGGCUUUGUGGACAUGGUCUGCCAACACAUCCCGUCGCCUGUGGAAGCUGCCGAGAAGAAACUCGAGCAUUACUAUACGGGGCCGCUUGAUUCCAAGGUCGCAGAGUCGAUGAAAGCUUGCGAUCAAAACGGCCCUUUGGUCAUCUACGUCACUAAGCUGUUCAAUACGGUUGACGCCAAGGGGUUUAAUUCGUUUGGACGGGUGAUGAGCGGCAUAGCACGACCAGGCACAGAGGUUCGCGUCCUCGGCGAGGGCUAUUCCCUCGACGAUGAGGAAGACAUGGCUAUGGCUAGGAUUUCAAGCGUCUUCAUUGCCGAAACUCGAUACAACAUCCCAACCGACGGUGUGCCGGCCGGAAACUGGGUCUUACUUGGCGGCGUUGACAACUCGAUCGUCAAGACAGCCACCAUCAUGGACAAGAAGCCCGCUGAUGACGAGGAGGCAUACAUCUUCAAGCCCCUUUCUCACUUCACCGAGUCCGUUUUCAAGGUGGCUGUUGAACCUAUCAACCCGUCCGAACUGCCAAAGAUGCUUGACGGCAUUCGAAAGAUCAACAAGAGCUAUCCCUUGGUCACCACGAAAGUGGAAGAGUCGGGCGAGCACAUCAUCCUUGGAACGGGAGAGCUAUACAUGGACUGUGUUCUGCACGACUUGCGGCGCCUCUACGCAGACAUGGAAAUCAGAGUGUCCGACCCCGUCGUCCGGUUCUGCGAGACUGUGCAGGAAAUGUCGGCGACAAAAUGCUAUGCUGUCACACCAAACAAGAAGAACACAAUCACGAUGGCGGCGGAGCCGCUCGAUGACGAAAUUGCCGGGGACAUCGAGUCUGGAGCCGUCAAGAUUCGCGAUCCCGUGCGGAAAACUGCCAAGUUCUUUGAGGAGAAGUAUGGCUGGGAUCUUCUUGCGGCCAGAAGCAUCUGGGCAUUCGGGCCGGACGAGAUGGGCCCGAACAUUCUGCAGGACGACACUCUUCCGUCAGAGGUCGACAAGAGACUCCUGAACACGGUCAAAGAGUCCAUCCGGCAAGGAUUCAGUUGGGCGACGCGGGAAGGACCGCUUUGCGAAGAACCAAUACGCAAUACUAAAUUCCGCCUCAUCGACAUGUCGUUGGCGCAGGAGGCCAUCUUCAGGGGUGGGGGCCAGAUCAUUCCCACUUCCCGUCGAGCCUGCUACAGCUCGUUCCUGAUGGCAUCACCACGGCUGAUGGAGCCCCUGUACUCGAUGUCCAUGACAGGUCCCCAAGACGCAGUCAGCACGGUCUACAACAUCCUGGCUCGCCGCCGUGGCCACGUUCUAUCGGAUGGGCCAAUCGCCGGAACGCCCCUGUAUCGUGUCAGUGGUUUGAUUCCUGUCAUUGACAGCUUCGGCUUCGAGACGGAUCUGCGCAUCAACACGCCCGGCCAAGCCAUGGUGAGCUUGGUGUUCGACCGCUGGAACAUUGUGCCUGGCGACCCGCUCGACAAGGAGAUGAUCACUCGCAACCUCCAGAUGGCGAGCGUCCAAGCAACUGCGCGAGACUUUGUGCUGAAGACGAGGAGACGCAAGGGCUUGAGUGAGGACGUUAGUGUCGCCAAAUUCCUCGAGCCGGAGUUCUACCAGAGUCUGAUAGAAAGCGGCACCCUGGGCGAAAUGUGA